AUGUCGUGCGAACUCGGCGUCUACGGCCUCGCCGUCAUGGGCGUAAACCUGGCGUUAAACGCCGCCAGCAAGGGGUUUCGUGUUUGUGUAGGAAACAGAACACCUGCUAAAGUGGAUACAGCUUUAGAACUUGCAAAAGAACAGGGAUUAGAGGAGAAGAUCUUCGGGGCGAAGGACAUGAAAGUCUUCGUGGAGAGCAUCGAGCGGCCCCGAAGGAUUAUCAUGCUUGUUCAGGCUGGAGCCCCAGUAGAUGCAUUAAUUUCUGCGCUUUUACCUCUUCUCUCUCGUGGAGAUAUUCUCGUAGACGGCGGCAACGAGUUUUACAAAAAUACAGAGCACAGACUUCAUAGAUGCAAUGAGCAUGGUGUAUACUAUCUAGGUAUGGGUGUAAGCGGCGGUGAAGAAGGAGCUCGUCAUGGUCCUUCAUUAAUGCCGGGAGGAAAUGAAGAGGCGUGGGAGAGUUUGAAGCCUAUUUUAUUAUCAAUUGCAGCUCAAAUAGACAAGACUAAAGCCCCGAAGAAGCAUCAGAUAACAGAUUUUACUACAGAACAAACAUUAAAUGCAUGCGUUGCAUACUUAGGCCCAGGGGGAUGCGGCAAUUUUGUAAAGAUGGUGCAUAACGGUAUUGAAUAUGGUGAUAUGGAGAUCAUUGCCGAAGUGUACAGUCUGCUGCGGCAUUGCUACAACAUGUCAAAUGAAGCGAUGGCUGAUCUGUUUACUGAGUGGAACAAGACCGAGUUAAAUUCUUAUCUCAUUGAAAUCACGUCGCACAUCUUCAGAAAAAAAGAAGGAAAUGGAUAUCUUCUUGAUGAAAUUAUAGAUGCAGCAGGAAGCAAGGGCACAGGUGCUUGGACAGUGCAGCAAGCAGCAGAAUGGGGGGUACCCGUACCUUGUCUUGCUGCAGCACUUGAUAUGCGCGCUGCUAUGCAGAAGACUGCAGCAAAUAAAGCAGACGACAAACCAACGCUGGGUUAG